UGGGCAGAUGAUUUAAAAAUAAAUAAGCAAACAAAAAACACUUUUCAUCAUUCAAUGUUGAAGGUACAAAUGUCUCAUUAAUGAUAUGAUACACAUAUAUAUUGAUAUAAUGAGAUUAUAAGCGUGAAGAAGCCUGUCGGUCACAGGAGAGGAGAAAUGUUGCUCAGCGUUGUGGGGAAACCUUGUUGUUGCACAAACGGAGAAGAAAUAGAAAUUGAGGAGAGGAAGAGUCAGUUAAAGGAAGAAACACUCUACAUUGAUCACUGUCAGAGAAGAGAGCACGAGAGCGAGACAGGGAAAGUGUAAAGUUUGUCCUCUGGAGGGAGACACUGACUGUCUCAAUCAUCAAAUCAGGAUGUUUGUUCUCAUCUGGGCGACUCUGCUUUUCUCUGUGAGAGACAACAAUGCUGUCACAGGUGAAUCGGUGGGGGAAAUAACAAGGUGUGACAGAGGAUUCUGUAUCACUCUCAGAGGAGAAGUAACAGCAGAGGCUGGACUCUGUGUUGUGAUACCGUGUUCUUUCACCACUGGUCAUGGCUUUACACCUCAACAUAUGGUGUGGUACAAAUGUGAACCAUCUAAAAGAAGUUGUGGUGAUUCAGACAUGAUAUUCCACACUAACAAGUACAACAAAAAAGUUCAGUCUGGGUUUAUGGGACGAGUUUCAAUGUUGGAGCCUGACGUGAGUCAGAGGAACUGCAGCAUCAUCAUCAAUGACCUCACUGAGUCAGACUCUGGAUCAUAUCAGCUCAGAGUUAAUGGUAUCCUGUAUGGGGAUAAUGAUGGAUAUACAUUCUAUCAAAGAGCAACUGUCUCUGUUAAAGGUCUGACCCAGAAGCCCACAGUGAUGGUUCCUCCUCUGACAGAGGGACAGCAGACCACACUGACCUGCACUGCUCCUGGUCUCUGCUCUGGAUCUGAUCCUAAAGUCACCUGGACGUGGAGAGGAGCAGGAAACAUCACUGCUUUCAUGACUGAGGAUCUGACUGCUGUCACAAAGAAACACAGCUCAACUUUGACCUUUAACCCUUCAGCUGAACACCACGGCUCCAACGUCACCUGUAAGGUCAGCUUCACAAACAUCAUCAGUACAGAGGAGACAGUGACUCUGAAUGUGACCUAUGUGAAAGAAUUUAAAAUCACUGGGAAUACAAGUGUGAAGGAGGGUGAGACUCUGAAUCUCACCUGCAGUGUUGAAAGUUUCCCUCCAUCUCUCAUCAUGUGGACAAAAUCUUCUGAGGAAAACUUUCUGAAUGGAUCAGAAACGAAUUGGGAGAACAACACCGUGAUCUUCAUGCAGAGAGAAAGUGGAAUGGGCACUUUUUCCAUCUCUAAUGUGACACCAGAGGAUUCAGGACUGUACAUCUGCAGAGCAAAGUAUCUGAAUAAAACCCUGGUGGAAAGGGUUGAUGUAACAGUCAUAUAUAUGAAGGAACCUGUUAUCACUGGAAAUACAACUGUUGAGAAGGGAGAUGCUCUGAAUUUAACCUGUAGCGUUGAAAGUUUUCCUCCAUCUCAUAUCAAAUGGACUGUAUUUGGCUCCAACGAGAAGCUGCACAAUGGACUUGACCCCGACCUGCAGAACGACACUGGAUCAGCCACACUUUUCAUCCCUAAUGUGACGGCAGAAUAUUCCGGACAGUACGUCUGUACAACACAACACCUGGACAAGACUGUGACUACAUAUGCUGAUGUAACCGUUACUUGGUUUUCAAAGAUCUUAAAAAACUCUGGGUGUGUGGUUCAGUCGGAGGUCCUGACCUGUGUGUGCAUCAGUGAGGGGUUUCCAUUACCCACCAUCAAAUGGCCGCUGUUGGAGAACCACACUGAGUACUCUGUCAUCACCACUGUGUCAAACCACACAGUCAACAGCACCGCCACUCUAACUGUAAAAGACCACAGCAACACUUCUGUUAAUUGUGUCAGCAGCAAUGGAAAUGGGGAAGCUAAAGAAAACCUCAUCAUCCACAUACAAAUGUCAGAACAAGAUGAUGAGUCCAAAGAUCUAGUUUCAUGGUUGGAAGUCAUCAUUGCCUUUUCGAUUGGUGCAAUUCUUUCAGCAGUCAUUUUCUGUUUGAUCACAAAAUGCCACAGAAAAAAUCAGAAGAUCUCCAGAAAUCUGGAUGGAACUGUGGAGAUGGUGACCAGUCUAGAGGAUCCACUGAUAGAUGCUGGUCAAGCAGUCGAGGAUGAUCAGACCUACUACCAAGAGUUAGCCGAAGGAGAAGAAGGAGCUGCGGCGGCAGAGCAAGCAGCCCCUGAUCUCAAUGGUGGACCUACAGAUGUGGAGUACGCCAGCAUUGAUUUCUCCCUGUUGAAAAGAAAGAAUCCCAGAGAGGCAGCAAAGAAGAAAGAGACCACAGAGACAGAGUACGCUGAAAUCAAAAAAGAAGUAAAAGAGGAAACAGAAAACAAUGGCGGAGAGGAACGUUGUGUCUUGGAGGGGGUGAUGAUCAUGGAGGAUGAAGAGACUAAGCAUUGUGUCCCUGCAGAGGACGACGGGGAGGACGCUGAAGUGUACUCUAACGUGAAGGAUAUAAUGUCUGAGAUUUAAGGACUGUUGCAUUGUAGAGUUGCUUGAGGAUAAAGUUGCUUUGCUGUAGUCAGUUGUGAUGGAUUGAUGUAAUGGACUGAUGAUGGAUUGUUAUUUCUGUGAGUUAAUGGCGGUCAUGUGAACAGUUUCUAACAACUUUGGUCUUUAAACGCCACAUUCAGCCUGUGGUAAAGUGAAGUGACAGAAACUCUUCACACCUCUACAUGUUAGAGGCUGUGCAAAUCCAUUCAUUCAACUGAGGGUGGACUGGAAGUUGGACAGAGUUUCCUUAUUCAAGUGUUAUUGUUUACUCCGCCAUUACUCCAGUGGCGUAUAAAGGGACAACCACCUCCAUCCUCUUUGCUUCAGAGAGCUGAAGUGUACUUAUGUUAGAUACAUAUUGUUUAACCAGGAUAAGCAUGUGCCUUCAGAGUCUCUCUGGUCAGCCCAAAGCUCUUCUGAAUGGCCCACAUUUCUCUGACUGGGGGGGAUGAGGUGUCUCUUAUCAGCGUGGUUCAAAGGAUGACAACAUCGGUCUGUCUGAUGAUCUGUUUGUCCCACCACUUUGGGCCAGACUGAAAUAUCUCAACAACUAUUGGAUGGAUUCCCAUUUAAUGUUAUUUAUGUUCCCCAGGGGAUGAACCCCAAUGACUUUGUUCACCCUGUGACUUUUCCUCUUGCUCCACCAUCAGGUUGGACUGUGUUUUUUAAGUAACUGUCGAGACAGCUAUUGGAUGGAUUGUCAUGAAAUCUGGUAGAGACAUAACAUUUUAUUAACUUUUGUUAUAUCUGAACCUUUUUUUCACUUUUGUUAAAAGAACAAAUCUCUGCAAAAGUAAUUAGUUUCCCAUCCGCUUCUGUUAUGUUUUGUUUAAUGGCAAUUAACCAAUGAUAGCCUGCUUACAUGCUAAACUAAGAUUGUAAAAAUGGUAAAAUUCUACAUGCUAAACAUCAGCAUGUUAGCAUUGUAUUGUAAGUAAUUUAGCAUGCUGACGUUGGCAUUUAGUUUAAAGCACCACUGCAUUUGACAGAGCCACUGUCAGUGCAAAGCUAAUAUGAGGAUUUGGCAGAACUGAGGUAGACAAUUCAAAUGGGGAUGUUCCAACGUUAUACUUCCUCUGAUUUGUAGUGGAGGGUAGUGACACAGAGCAAAUUUCAUACUUAAAAGAAGAACUUUUGUAGAUAACCAGUGAGCUGUCUAACUCAGACUGCUUUAUAUAGCUUCAGCUGAACUUAAUGAUGAUGUUUUCACAGAAUAAGGACUGUAGAUGUUGUCUCCAUCUAUCACAGUGGAAUUGACUUUGGAUGGGCUGUCUUUAGGGCCAGUAUGGACAGGAACAACAAUUGCAAAAAUGUAGAUGUACAUAUGCAUGUUAGUAUUGUUUCAAGACAGUUUUGAAAAAAAGUUACACCCUCCUUUAAACUGCAUUUAUUUUUACAUAAAAUACAUUGUUAAACUACAAAUUGUAGAUUAGCUUGCCAAUUUAAAUUAAAAAAACUGAUUGAUCUGUGUUUUAA